AUGUUUUCUCAUCUACUUACUAACAAAUUGAUCAACUUUUCAUUUUCCUUCCUUCCCUCCCUCUCUUUCUUUCCUUCCUUCCCUCCUCUCUUUCUUUCCUCCUCUCCUUUCCUCCCUCUCUUUCUUUCCUCCCCCUCUUCCCUUUCCUCUCUCUUUCUUUCCUCCCUCUCUUUCUUUCCUCCCUCUCUUUCUUUCCUCCCUCUCUUUCUUUCCUCCCUCUCUUUCUUUCCUCCCUCUCUUUCUUUCCUCCCUCUCUUUCUUUCCUCCCCCUUUCCCUCCCUCUUUCUUUCCUCCCUUCUUCCCUCCCUCUCUUUCUUUCCUCCUUCCUCCCUCCUCCCUCUCUUUCUUUCCUCCCUCUCUUUCCUCCCUCCCUCCCUCUCUUUCUUUCCUCCCCUCCCCCUCUCUUUCUUUCCUCCCUUCCUCCCUCUCUUUCCUUUCCUCCCUCCCUCUCUUUCUUUUCCCUUCCCUCCCUCCUCCCUCCCUUCCCUCUUUCUUUCUUUCCUCCCUUCCCUCCCUCUUUCUUUCCUCCUUUCCUCCCUUUUCUUUCCUUUUCCUCCCUCUCUUUCUUGCAUUUUCUCUUCAUUUGGUCUCAUUUCUUAUCACCAUGUCUCAUUGUCUUCCUUCGCCUGA